AUGUGCGACAAUGUUCGCCCUAGUAUUGUUUUUGGUUAUGAAGAUAGAUUUUUGAAUAGGAUGGGAGUUUUAGGUAAAUUUGAAUUGACUGUUAAUAAAGGAAAAACGAGAUUUAGGCCCGUUAAUGUGCUCGAUGUAGCGCAUGCACUUGAAUUAAUGUUAAAAGAUGAAUCAACCAUAGGACAAACUUAUGAAUUAUUUGGUCCAACAGAAUACACAAUGAAUCAACUUUAUGACAUUGCAGAUGAAAUUUUAAUAACUAGACGUACACGAAUCAAUGUACCAAAACCACUAGCAAUUGCCAUCACCAACCUACUACGAUUAUCACCAUGGCCAUUUAUAUCACCUGAUGAAAUUGUAAGAUAUUUUAUUGAUGAAAAGAUUUCAAACAGUAAAGAUGUAAAAACUUUUGAAGACUUAGGUGUCAUACCGUACACAUUGGAAGACACCGCUAUAGCAACUCUUAGAGAUCAUAGAAAAUCUGCCGUUUUUGAUCAACCUGUUACUCCAACUUUGAGUAGUAGUAAAAGUUGGGUUUUUACUAAUACUAUGGGAGAAAUGUUUGAAAAGUAG